UCGAUGGCGCGGCUUGCCAAAAGUAACGACUUCUCCUGCUCCCUUUCGCAGUGCAACGGCAGGCCCGUGUACGCGCUCCUAGACACAAGUAACGUCUACUCGACAAUCUCUCGGAGUUUAGUGAGUGCGUUCAACAUGUCCAGAGACGUCAUCCAGGACCGAACGACGCCGCCCAGUCCGCUGUCAGGUCUUGAAAGGCCAGUAAUACACGGGAAGCUCAAAUACAUGGAUGUGUCAUUAGGAAAAAGUCAACUCAACAUGCAGCUGUUUGUCGUUUCAGACACCACGCCAGAGCUGGUGCUCGGCGUGGACUUCCUCAAGAAGACGCAGACGGUGGUCAGUUUUUCCGAGUCGUGCGCAGUGGUAUCCGGGGAGAAGGUGCGCUUCGUCAGUGGUCACGAGCUAGGGGGGUUAACAAAGGGUCGGCCGCACUGACACAGCCGGCCCUCCGGCUAACCGAACCCCUCCAGCGUCCAGACCUACACGGACAAUGUCGGUACUGUCGGACUGGAAAGUGUCACAUUUAGGGACAAUUAACAGAUUCGUAAGUGCGAAUACUUCUACUAACAGCACGUGGAGCUGCUCGUGAAGUGCCCGUAGAAGUUGUCGUAGCUCCUUGGCUCGUCGGCAUAAUGCUAUGCUGAGGACACCUAAUCCAAUCGAUCCGUCUGCUGUUGCUGCUAUUCUCGGCCGAAUCAGUGCGAGGCAGUGGUGCAGCUGGGCGCCUGUGUGAUAAAUACUGAGCUAAUUUUGUAACGACUGAGCCGUGUCGGGACGCCGGUAAGAGGCUCUGGUGGAGACUUCGCGGAUCAGUAUAAUGCUGUGGGCUCAGACAAAUGAAUAAGAAU